UACAUCCUGUGGUAGUGAUGCUGUAGCUCACACGGGGCUUUUCGUUCAGCCUUUCAGAUCCGAGCAGUUCUAACAGACCUGCUUUCAGCACCGUACCCCGCAGACAGCUCCUCUUCCGUAGCCGAGCCGAGAUCAGGCAGUUUUUUCCCCACUGAGGGCUUCACUCAGAGCGGCUAGCAUCUCUCCAGCCUAGCGCUAGUUGGAGGACUUGGUCAAGUAGAUCUCAUCGUGUUGGACUCAGUCGGAACGUUUUGAUUUGAAUUAGUAGUUGAGGAUGGCGUCAAAACACGUUGGCAUUUGCAUCUUUUUCCAGCUUCUUGUAUUUACUGUAAUGAGUCAAAUAUCUGCCUUUCCAACACCAACACCGUCCAGCCAGGAUAAAUCUGUGUACAAUCGACAGCUGACGGAAGAAAGACCACUCCAAGAGCAGAUUGCUGAUGCUGACAGCGUGAAGUUUACAGUAUGGUUGACUGAGGGGAAACGGCCCGCUUCCCGCAAGGAGAAAGAUGGCGAUGACUCGACUGUACAGAAGUCACUGCCCCAAAACCAGAAAUUCAAGGAGACCACCGAGGUGCCGGUCCAGGAGGAGCAGAAGAAGGAUCAGUAUGUUCCAGAUGAGUCUGAUUCCACCAAGAGUAGACGUCUAGCAGAGGAAUACGACUCUACCAAGAAUGGGAUGGAAAAUGAUGACCCCGAGACUUUCCGUCAGGUGGAUGGCACUCCACUAACAGCCGAGGACAUUGUACAGAAAAUCGCAAACAAAAUCUACGAGGAGGAUGACAGAGGUGUCUUUGACCGGAUCGUUUCCAAGCUGCUCAAACUGGGCCUGAUAACAGAAAGUCAGGCUGAUACUCUGGAGUACCGAGUGGCUGAGGCUCUGCAGGAUCUCAUCACCAAAAAUGCCAAAAACAACGAGAUUGAAGAAGACAAUGAAGAGGACGUCAAGGUGGUGAAGGACAACCAGGAAGCCAACUUGGAUAAGUGGGAGCAGCCCAGUCGGCACUACAAUGAUGAUGAGGAUGAGGACGAAGAGGAUGAUGAGGUCCUGGAUGAGGUGGACAGGGAUGCAGGAGAUGAGGAUGAGACAACAGACAACACGUGGGACAAAGAGGACGCUGAGGAUGACAAUGAAGUCAGCACAGAGGACGGCCUUCAGGAUCUUCAGUACUUCCCCAAUUUCUACCGCCUACUCAGGAGCCUCAAUUCAGAUCAAGAUGCUCAGGAAAGAGAGACACUUAUCACCAUCAUGAAGACGUUGAUAGAUUUUGUGAAGAUGAUGGUCAAGUACGGGACAAUCACACCUGAAGAGGGUGUCUCCUAUUUGGAGAAUCUGGAUGCCAUGAUUGCCAUGCAGACUAAGAACAAGCUGGGAAAGUCUCUCGGACCUCAGGACUUUGCUGUGGGGAAGAAUAUGGACGAGGACGACAACACCAAGGCCAAAACUGCCAAGAUGCAGAAGGAGUAUGAGAACCUGAAGGACUCCACCAAGGAAGAGCAGCCGCCUACCAAUCAUCCUGGCAAGUCGGAGACCUACCUGGAAGCCAUCAGGAAGAACAUUGAAUGGCUGAAGAAACACAACAAGGAAGAAGGCAAAGAUGACUAUGACCUCUCCAAACUGAAGAACUUCAUGGACCAGCAGGUUGACUCUUACAUUGAGAAAGGCAUCAUCGCCAGGGACGAGGGCGACACCAUCAAGAGAAUCUACAGCAGCCUGUGACGUCAUCGUCUAUCCUCUAGAACUGAAUCUCAUACUAAAAGAGAACCUUGAUUUCUUUCUCACACUUCAUGGCAUGGUAAAGUGUAUUCAUAAAACCUGUUUACACUCCCAUACAGGCUACAAUCAUAUUGAGGGGACAGAAAGCUUUUAACAAGGCAGUUAAAAUGAUUUCAAUUUGCACGGCAAGAUUUGCAAAUAAUCCCUUGCUUUGUCAUCUCCCUUAUAAUUUUAAAAUACAUAUAUAAACAGUAUAUAUUAAAUAAAUUGUACCAUCAUUUGUAACCAAACUUAGCUUCAUUUUCUGUUUAUGGUGUAUAUGUAAGAUCUUAUCAUAUUCCUGCUUUUCAUUUGACCAAAAAUAUAUGUAUUACAUUGUAGUGAAUUCCACUCGAUUGUAAUAACUCCGUGGCCCACAAGGGGGCAGUCUGUCAAUCAUUCGUCUCCACUUGUCUGUAAGUUCAACAUUUCCAUUUCGGUAGAAGCAAGAUGAGCUAUUUUUAAAUGUAAAUAUGUGAUUGUUUUCCUAUGGUGUGAAAGCAAUUAAAACAUUGCCUUUUA